AUGUCAGGGGACCGCCGUAUAUAUAUCCACACACGCGGGGCUGAUGAACAGCACCCCGCCGCCUGGCUCACACCGGCUCGAUCAGCACGGCCCGGCUCGGUUCCGUUCGGCCCUGCCGGCUCCCCAUGCUUGGGGCUCCGCCGCGCACCCCCACAUGCCCACCGGGAGAGGCCGGCAGCCGCUCUCCGCCGCGCCCUAGCCCUCUCGCCCCGCGCCCGCAUGGCUCCGCUGGCCGAGCUGGGCGGCUUCCUGGGCGGCCUGGACGGCCUGGGGCAGCCGGUGGGUGCCCACUUUUUGCUGCCACCCGCCGGGGAGCGCCCGGCGCUGCUCGGGGACCGCCGCGCCCCGGCGGACAGGGGGGACCGCCGCUCCUCGGCAGCGGCGGCGGCGGCGGCAGCGGCGGACCUGGCGCACUUGCAGGGCAUCCUGCGGCGGCGGCAGCUSUACUGCCGCACCGGCUUCCACCUGCAGAUCCUGCCCGACGGCAGCGUGCGCGGCACCCGCCAGGACCACAGUCUCUUCGGUAUCCUUGAAUUCAUCAGUGUGGCCGUGGGACUGGUCAGUAUUAGAGGCGUGGACAGUGGCCUUUACCUUGGAAUGAAUGAGAAGGGAGAACUCUAUGGCUCUGAGAAACUAACUUCUGAAUGCAUCUUCAGGGAACAAUUUGAGGAAAACUGGUACAACACUUACUCGUCCAAUGUGUACAAACAUGGAGAUUCAGGGCGGAGAUACUUUGUAGCACUUAACAAAGACGGUACUCCCAGAGAUGGGGCAAGGUCCAAAAGACACCAGAAAUUCACACAUUUCUUGCCMCGGCCUGUGGAUCCUGAACGAGUUCCAGAACUGUACAAAGAUGUGCUAGGAUACAGCUGAAGAAAGAGGCAGCUUUGGCAAAAAAGCAAACUGGAGUCAUUGCCCCUGCUUUCAUGGCAAAGCCGGCAUGAGGAGCCUGCAGAGG